AUGCAACAUGUUCCAACACAAAAGGCUCUUUCUCUUGUGCUUGCAACAGUGGAUUUACAGGAAGUGGAACCACAUGUUCUGGUGAACAACGACGAAUGUACUCUUGGCACCCAUAAUUGUCAUUCAAAUGCAUUAUGUACCAACACAGUAGGAUCAUUCACUUGUGCUUGCAACAGUGGAUUUACAGGAAGUGGAGCCACAUGUUCUGACAAUGACGAAUGUACUCUUGGCACCCAUAAUUGUCAUUCGAAUGCAGCAUGUACCAAUACAGUAGGAUCUUUUGCUUGUGCUUGCAACAGCGGAUUUACAGGAAAUGGAACCACAUGUUCUGACAACGACGAAUGUACUCUUGGCACCCAUAAUUGUCAUUCAAAUGCAUUAUGUACCAACACAGUAGGAUCAUUCACUUGUGCUUGCAACAGCGGAUUUACAGGAAGUGGAGCCACAUGUUCUGACAACGACGAAUGUACUCUUGGCACCCAUAAUUGUCAUUCAAAUGCAUUAUGUACCAAUACAGUAGGAUCUUUCAUUUGUGCUUGCAACAAUGGAUUUACAGGAAGUGGAACAACAUGUUCUGACAACGACGAAUGUACUCUUGGCACCCAUAAUUGUCAUUCGAAUGCAGCAUGUACCAAUACAGUAGGAUCUUUUGCUUGUGCUUGCAACAGCGGAUUUACAGGAAAUGGAACCACAUGUUCUGACAACGACGAAUGUACUCUUGGCACCCAUAAUUGUCAUUCGAAUGCAGCAUGUACCAAUACAACACUUAUUUUCUUUUUUCUUUCAGACAACGACGAAUGUACUCUUGGCACCCAUAAUUGUCAUUCGAAUGCAGCAUGUACCAAUACAGUAGGAUCUUUCACUUGUGCUUGCAACAGCGGAUUUACAGGAAAUGGAACCACAUGUUCUGACAACGACGAAUGUACUCUUGGCACCCAUAAUUGUCAUUCGAAUGCAGCAUGUACCAAUACAGUAGGAUCUUUUGCUUGUGCUUGCAACAGCGGAUUUACAGGAAAUGGAACCACAUGUUCUGACAACGACGAAUGUACUCUUGCCACCCAUAAUUGUCAUUCGAAUGCAGCAUGUACCAAUACAGUAGGAUCAUUCACUUGUGCUUGCAACAGCGGAUUUACAGGAAGUGGAGCCACAUGUUCUGACAACGACGAAUGUACUCUAGGCACCCAUAAUUGUCAUUCAAAUGCAGCAUGUACCAAUACAGUAGGAUCAUUCACUUGUGCUUGCAACAGCGGAUUUACAGGAAGUGGAGCCACAUGUUCUGACAACGACGAAUGUACUCUAGGCACCCAUAAUUGUCAUUCAAAUGCAGCAUGUACCAAUACAGUAGGAUCAUUCACUUGUGCUUGCAACAGCGGAUUUACAGGAAGUGGAGCCACAUGUUCUGACAACGACGAAUGUACUCUUGGCACCCAUAAUUGUCAUUCAAAUAAAAAACGACGGAAUGUACUCUUUGGCACCCAUAAUUUCAUUCAAAUCGCAUUAUGUACCAAUAAGUUAGGAUCUUCAUUUGUGCUGCAACAAUGCAUUUCAGGAAGUGGAAAACAUGUUCUGAUCAAGACAAUGUACUCUGGCACCCAUAUUGUCAUUCGAAUGCAGCAUGUACCAAUACAACAACGACGAAUGUACUCUGGCACCCAAUUCGUAUUCCAAAUGCAUUAUACCAAACACAGUAGGAUCAUUCACUUGUGCUUGCACAGCGGAUUUACAGGAAUGGAGCCACAUGUUCUGACAACGACGAAUUACUCUUGCACCCAUAAUGUCAUUCAAUGCACAUGUACCAAUACAGUAGGAUCUUUCAUUGUGCUUGCAACAGGAUUUACAGGAAAUGGAAAACAUGUUCUGACAACACGAAUGUAUUCUAGGCACCUCAUAUUGUCAUUCAAAUGCUUACAUGUCCAAUACCAAGGAUCUUAUCACUUUGCUCUGCAAAGCGGAUUUACAGGAGUGGAGCCCACAUGUUUCUACAACGACGAAUGUACUCUUGGCACCCAUAAUUGUCAUUCAAAUGCAUUAUGUACCAACACAGUAGGAUCUUUCACUUGUGCUUGCAAGAAUGGAUUUACAGGAAGUGGAACAACAUGUUCUGACAACGACGAAUGUACUCUUGGCACCCAUAAUUGUCAUUCAAAUGCAACAUGUUCCAACACAAAAGGCUCUUUCUCUUGUGCUUGCAACAGUGGAUUUACAGGAAGUGGAACCACAUGUUCUGACAACGACGAAUGUACUCUUGGCACCCAUAAUUGUCAUUCAAAUGCAUUAUGUACCAACACAGUAGGAUCAUUCACUUGUGCUUGCAACAGUGGAUUUACAGGAAGUGGGACCACAUGUGCUGACAACGACGAAUGUACUCUUGGCACCCAUAAUUGUCAUUCAAAUGCAGCAUGUACCAACACAGUAGGAUCAUUCACUUGUGCUUGCAACAGCGGAUUUACAGGAAGUGGAACAACAUGUUCUGACAACGACGAAUGUACUCUUGGCACCCAUAAUUGUCAUUCAAAUGCAUUAUGUACCAAUACAGUAGGAUCUUUCAUUUGUGCUUGCAACAGUGGAUUUACAGGAAGUGGAACAACAUGUUCUGACAACGACGAAUGUACUCUUGGCACCCAUAAUUGUCAUUCAAAUGCAUUAUGUACCAACACAGUAGGAUCUUUCAUUUGUGCUUGCAACAGUGGAUUUACAGGAAGUGGAACCACAUGUUCUGGUGAGUUGCUUUGCUUAAAGGCAUUGAGUCAUGGUAGAUUGGCCUUUUCUAUAGGGGGUAAUUUGGAUUCGGCUUGA